AUGACAGAGACCAGAGUUAUAUUGGUCAGCGGAGAUGAGAAAUUCACGGCCAAUAGAAAAGCGGUUGAGAAAUCCCGGUACAUUCGAAAUCUACUUAAAAACCUUGCACCUGCACCUUCCCCUUCACCUUCUGUAGGAGAGAUUAACGAAACACCGGAGAGUAUACCGGAAAUCCCCGUCAACAACGUCAGUCCAGACACAUUGAAGAUGGUUCUCGAGUGGUGUGAACACUACAAAGAUGGACUGGACGAUGACGAGGCUGCCACAACAAAUGGAGAGGAUGAAAGCUUGCACCUGGAAAACAAAGAUGGUGAUCAGGACGAAAACCAGAGCGACCUAAGACAGACGCCGAUCGACCCAUGGGAUAGAAAGUUUUUGAAUGUAGAUGCGGAUACACUUCAAUCACUCAUUCUGGCGGCAAACUUUUUGGACAUUAAACCACUAUUAGAUGCAGCCUGCAAGCUGGUAGCCGAGCUCCUAAGGGGCCGCACUCCCCAGGAAAUAAUUGAUGCUUUUAAUGCAGUUCAGUAA